UGUCUGCAGUUGUCGACGUGUGCACCAACAAAAUACUUUAUUUUCGAUCGUCCUACAUAAGAACGAAUAAAUUUCAUAAAAUGGUCAGCUUAUUGCAGGUGAGUCACAGUAGGAAAUAUACCUAAAAUCAUAACACGACUAUAAACAAAAAGAAUCGUUCAUCGUUUUGUUGCUAAAUUGUUGUCAAAAGUAUUAUACUGUUUAAAGUUUUAUAACAAAUUCAAAUAAACUUUUGAUAUCAAUUAAUAUUUAUUAGAUUGAAAUUUAGAGUAGACAUGGAUGUACGUAAACUUUUUUUUUUUUUCUUAAUACUAUGUCUAUAACUACGAUUUACCAACAAACGUCUUGAUAUUACAAUAAUUGCUUAAUUAACGUGUUAAUGCGAGAUUAUGUAAAUUUAAUCAUUACACGACCGUUUUUUAGAUCGCUGUGAUCGUUUUGGGCGCGCUCACGACACUGACAACGGCCGACCACCAAGCCACCUCGUUCGCCUACUACCAUCCAAUAUUCCAUCACACCAAACAUCACGGACACGAAUAUUAUGUGCGUACAAACGGUUUUUUCAUAAAAUUUAACGCUAAUAUUAUCGUUUCGCAAUAAUUGUACAAUAUGGUACUUGGCAGUCGAUUACUGCUUUGGGAACGGUGUGGAGUUUUUUUUUUUUCUACGAAAAAAUUACAGUAAAUCAUCAAUAACUGAUCUCAUGGCAACCCAAACCCAGAAAAAUCAGGCGUAACAAUUAGGCUACAGAACUAAUCCUAUUAGAUAUUCAUGUACUUAAUUUUUUUCGUUAGUUUAGCGAACUCGUAGAUCAUCCGUUCACACAGCUGUUGGUGACUGUGUCCCUGUGAAUAUUAUGACCAAACGUUUUAUUGAUUAUUGAUUCGUAAUCGCCGUUCAAACGUAUAUAUAUAUAUAUAUUAUAUAUAAAUGUAUUAUUACGGGGUGCGUUUUCAAUUGUCUCGUUUUAUUUCAUUUUGAUGCUGCAUUAUAAUAUUAUUGUGUAAAUCAUUUACCCGAAUUCGGGCCGCAAUUGAAAGACUUGGGUUUUGAAUAAGCUUAAUUGUAUUAUAGGACGGUAAUAAUUAGGUAUUAUCCUAUUCGGUACACAAAAGGUUUAAGAGGAUAAUUUUUUCGAAGGGGUAUCAUUUAUUAUACUAUGCCAGAAAUUUCGAAUACCGUUAAGACCGUGACCCGGGAUCCACCGAAAGUUCAUCCCUGCAACGAACUAAUCGUAAUACUAUCUGUUCAUCGUUUUUUUUUUUUUUUUUAACCGAAUUUGUUUCCGUCACAGUCGCCGCCGAAGUACGAAUUCAAAUACGGUGUCCACGAUCCGCACACAAAGGACGAGAAAAACCAGUGGGAGGAACGGCACGAAGACGUCGUGCACGGCGGCUACAGUUUCGUCCAGCCAGACGGCCGCAUUCGAAAGGUGACGUACACGGCCGACAAGCACAACGGUUUCAACGCGCACGUCCACUACGAACACCACGCUCAACACCCCCAACACUACGGCCACCAUCACCACCAGGAUUCGUGACUUUUCGCAUCGCGACCGACUUCUACG